AUGGCCGGUUGUACCCAGCCACCGACAAGAUCCACCAGCGAAGGAAAGUCCGGUCAGCCAACGGCCAGUAACCAUGCUGAUGCAAGUCCUACGAAGCCGCAGAAAAAGCCAUAUGUGCGUCGGAUCACUGAUAAGCGCCGUGAGCAGAACAGACGUGCCCAGAAGAUAUACCGUGAGAGGCUAAGAAAGAGACUCGAGGAUCUCGAGGAACAGGCCGCCACGGUCGGUAGUAGUGCCAAUGAUAGUGCUGCCGCCUUCAUCACGCCUGCUCCGAGUUCUGGUUCAGAUGAUAUACUGCUUGGAGAAUCCGACUGUCAGGACGGAGCCAGCCGCGUCACCGACUCCGAUGCUAUUGCAGAUGCUACGGCCACCAAGUACUCGAAGCCGCAGAUACUCAACCUAGAAGACGCGUUUCUAGCUGCCGGCGACCUUCCUAUCUCACAUAGCCAACUCACUACCGGGUUGAGGUUUGAUGUUGCGCCUAGCCCUCCGGCUACAGAGCCGCUAGAACAUCUCCAUACACCUGACGACUAUGGAGAUAUCGAUCUGCGGCCCAUCUGGGCAAUGCCGCCGUCGAAGAGCGACAAGCCAUACGUCCCCCGCAAGGCCCGGCCGCCGCACUCCCUUGCCAUCAGGCCGUUCAACGCACAGCGUACAGCAAGCUCUCAUUUCUCCUCUACUGCUGCCGCCUCGACAUCACUUGCAGAUCCCUACAUCAACCACCUCCGACUCCUGGGAGUGGGCAGCCUUGAGGCAUCGCUGACCAUCGCCGUCUACCUCAACAUCCCACGGUCGGCAUACAUCAACGACCACCCAUCACACUUCCCCGGCUGCUACGUGGCGCUGAACAGCGACACUCUGGGGCCCAAAUCCGCCCGCUACAGUUUCUUCCAAACACACCUGACCGUCACGCCGCAGCUGUCGGAGCACAUGAACGCCGUGAAGGAGCCGCUGCGGCCGUCGCCUGCGCAGCUGAUGAACCCACACCCGUCGUACCUCGACUGCAUCGUGUUCCCCUACUUCCGGGACCAGACGGUUUUGGCGUCCGUGCAGGGCAUCCUCGACCACGAGCAACUGGUCCUGGACAUCUUGUCGGGCGGGCUCGUCUGCUGGGGCGGCGUCUCGGACUUGGCGAGCUCGCGCCGCGCCCGCAAACGCCAGAUGAGCGACAAUGUCGCGUGGAGCACGCGUAGCUGGGAGGCGAAGAAGUGGUUCUUGCGAAAGUGGAGCUGGCUGAUCGGCACCGAGGAGGAAGAGGAGGAAAGGGGCGACGUCCAUGGGAUCUGGAAGGGUAGUCGCUGGUGGUGGAACAUGAGGGGCGACAUUGACAGUGAUGAUGAAGGCGAUGAUUAUGAUGAUGAAGGGGGAGACGACGACGGCGAGGAUCCCGCCAUUGCUGAGAGCCUGACGUCCAGUGGCAGGCUUGAGGGCGAUCAGCGGCGCUUCUGUGUCCCUCGUGACGGAUCCUGA